UUGUUUGAUAGUUGUGGAAUAUUAUAUUAUUAUAUAUUAUUAUUAUUAUUAUUAAUAUUAUAUUAUUAUUAUUAUUAUUAUUAUACAGCGCAUUUAUAUAUAUAUAUAUAUAUAUAUAUAUAUUACGUGUCACAUUGUUUAUCCGCGCAACUGCACACUGUGUGCAGUGUUUGGUCUAACUUGAGAGAUAGGAUAGUUUUUGUCCCUAUAAGUGACCCUCAAUUACAGCUCAACAAAAGUGCAUUGCUGAAUACAGGCCUCCCCAUCGUGAAGUGGUAA